ACUCGCUCGCUCCCCCCGCCAGCGGAAGCGCCCGCGGAGCACAAUGCAGCACUGAGGCAGCGCCGCGGUGGAGGCUGCAGCGCCGUGGCCGCCGAGGCACCGGCCAGGGCUGGGAGGGGGCUGCCGAGACGAGCCUGGGGGCGCCGGACGACGUGGCCAGACCCUGCUGCCCAUGAGGAGCUGAGCGUCCGCGGCCAGGCGGGCUGACGGGCAGCGCCAUGCAGGCGGCGGCGGCGGCUGCGUCCGUGCCCUUCUUGCUGCUCUGCGCCUUGGGGACCUGUCCCCUGGUGCGCUGCAGCCGGGCAGGAGACGCCUCGUUGACAGAGCUGGAGAGGAGGAACGACAACCGCUUCCUGGAGCGCCAGAGCAUCGUACCGCUCCGGCUCAUCUAUCGCUCCAGCGGUGGGGACGAAACUCGCCACGGCGCGCUCGACACGCGGGUGCGCGGCGACCCCGGCGGGCGGCAGUUGACUCAUGUUGACCAAGCAACCUUCCAGGUUGAUGCCUUUGGAACAUCAUUCAUUCUUGAUGUCAUGUUAAACCAUGAUUUGCUGUCCUCUGACUACAUAGAGAGAUAUGUUGAACAAGGGGGCAAGAUUGUGGAAGUUAAAGGAGGGGAACACUGUUACUACCAGGGCCGUAUCCGGGGAAGCCCUUCCUCAUUUGUGGCUUUGUCAACAUGCCAUGGACUUCACGGGAUGUUCUAUGAUGGGAACCACACGUAUCUCAUUGAGCCAGAAGAAAACGACACAUCCCAAGCGGAUUUACGAUUCCAUUCCGUUUACAAAUCCAGACUGUUUGAAUUUCCUUUGGAUGAUCUUCCAUCUGAAUUCCAACAAGUCAACAUCACUUCACCAAAAUUUAUUGUGAAGCCAAGACCGAAAAGGAGUAAAAGGCAGCUUCACCGAUAUCCUCGGAACGUAGAGGAGGAAACCAAAUAUAUUGAACUGAUGAUUGUGAAUGAUCAUCUCAUGUUUAAAAAACACCGUCUUUCAGUAGUGCAUACUAAUACCUAUGCGAAAUCAGUGGUGAACAUGGCAGAUUUUAUAUAUCAAGACCAACUUAAGACAAGGAUAGUAUUGGUUGCCAUGGAAACCUGGGCAGCUGACAACAAGUUUGCCAUAUCUGAAAAUCCAUUGAUCACCCUACGUGAGUUUAUGAAAUACAGGAGAGAUUUUAUCAAAGAGAAAAGUGAUGCAGUUCACCUUUUUUCGGGGAGUCAAUUUGAGAGUAGCCGGAGCGGGGCAGCUUAUAUUGGUGGGAUUUGCUCAUUGCUGAAAGGAGGAGGCGUGAAUGAAUUUGGGAAAACUGGUUUAAUGGCAGUUACACUUGCCCAGUCCUUAGCCCAUAAUAUUGGUAUCAUUUCUGACAAAAGAAAGUUAGCAAGUGGUGAGUGUAAAUGUGAAGACACUUGGUCUGGUUGCAUCAUGGGAGAUACUGGCUAUUAUCUUCCUAAGAAGUUCACCCAGUGUAAUGUUGAAGAGUACCAUGACUUCUUAAAUAGUGGAGGUGGCGCUUGCCUUUUCAACAAACCUUCUAAGCUUCUUGACCCUCCGGAGUGUGGCAAUGGUUUCGUUGAAACUGGAGAGGAGUGUGACUGUGGGACUCCUACAGAAUGUGCCCUGGAAGGAGCGGAGUGCUGUAAGAAAUGCACCUUGACCCAGGACUCACAAUGCAGUGAUGGCCUUUGCUGUAAAAAGUGCAAGUUUCAGCCUAUGGGGACUGUGUGCCGAGAAGCAGUGAAUGAUUGUGAUAUUCAUGAAACGUGCUCAGGAAAUUCAAGCCAGUGUGCCCCUAACAUACAUAAAAUGGAUGGAUACUCAUGUGAUGGUGUGCAGGGAAUUUGCUUUGGAGGAAGAUGUAAAACGAGGGACAGACAGUGCAAAUACAUCUGGGGGCAAAAAGUGACUGCGUCGGACAAGUACUGCUAUGAGAAACUGAAUAUUGAAGGGACUGAGAAGGGCAACUGUGGCAGAGACAAAGACACCUGGAUACAGUGCAACAAGCGGGAUGUGCUUUGUGGUUACCUUUUAUGUACAAAUGUGGGUAAUAUCCCAAGGCUUGGAGAACUCGAUGGUGAAAUCACAAGUACUUUAGUUGUACAGCAGGGAAGAACAUUAAACUGCAGUGGUGGGCAUGUUAGACUGGAGGAAGAUGUAGAUCUUGGCUAUGUGGAGGAUGGUACACCUUGUGGUCCCAAAAUGAUGUGCUUGGAACACAGGUGUCUUCCUGUGUCUUCCUUCAACUUCAGUACCUGCUUGACCAGUAAAGAAGACACUAUUUGUUCCGGAAAUGGAGUGUGCAGUAAUGAAUUGAAGUGUGUUUGUAACAGACACUGGAUUGGUGCAGACUGCAACACUUACUUCCCAUACAAUGAUAACACAAAGACUGGCAUAACUCUGUCUGGCAAUGGUGUUGCUGGUACCAAUAUCAUAAUUGGUAUAAUUGCUGGCACCAUUUUAGUGCUGGCUCUCAUAUUAGGAAUAACAGCAUGGGGAUAUAAAAACUAUCGAGAACAGAGGUCAAAUGGACUCUCUCAUUCUUGGAGUGAAAGAAUUCCAGACACAAAGCAUAUUUCUGACAUCUGUGAAAAUGGACGCCCUCGCAGUAAUUCUUGGCAAGGUAACCUGGGAGGCAACAGAAAGAAAAUCAGAGGCAAAAGAUUUAGACCUCGGUCUAAUUCAACUGAGUAUUUAAACCCAUGGUUCAAAAGAGACUAUAAUGUAGCUAAGUGGGUAGAAGAUGUGAAUAAAAACACUGAAGGACCAUACUUUAGGACUUUAUCUCCUGCCAAGUCUCCUUCUUCAUCAACUGGGUCUAUUGCCUCCAGCAGAAAAUACCCUUACCCAAUGCCUCCACUUCCUGAUGAGGAGAAGAAAGCUAACCGACAAAGUGCCAGGCUAUGGGAGACAUCCAUUUAAGAUCAACUGUUUACAUGUGACACAUCGAAACUGUUUACUUCAACUUUUAUAGAAACCCAGCCUCAUGAAAUCACCGCAAAUCUAUCUGCUCUUCAGACACCACGGAGACUCUCGGGGACACUACGAAGGAGAGGAAGCCAAUUAUCACAUCUGGAUAUCAUAUUCUUUUUGUCACUGGCUUAGAAGUUAACAGAACCAUGUAAAGAACCACCAAAACGUUAUACAGUAAGGGGACUGGGAUGGUAAUGGUUAAUCCGCAUGGCAGAGCUACGUAGACGCUAUCACUAACAUUAACUCUCCUGCCCCCAAAGUAGCAAGCUUCCUAAUGACUAUACUGGAUUCAGAACUCAACAGUCUGAAGCACAUCCUCAUUGUAGGCGGUAAUGCUAUGUGCAUGAAGCUUCUGUUUAUUGUUUUCCACACUUAUGGAAACAACAUCCCAUAAUAGAAACUAGCAUGCAGGACUAAGGUAUAUAGGAUUUUCCUGCAGGACUUUUAAGCUUUGAGAGGCCAAUAUCUCAUAUCUAACUUUAAACAUGUAUUUUUAUUUUGUUGGGUUUGUUUUUUUUUUACCUUUCAUAUUUAUAUCAGCAUACAAAGACAACUGUAUAUAUGUAAACAUUUUUAAAAUUAAAAAAAAAACAACUGUUACACACAAGUGUAUUUUGCCAAAUGCCUAAAGAUAGUUAAAAGCCCUAUCAUCAUCUAGCAAAUGAUCCUUAUGGAUUGUAUGCGGAUGAUGUUGUAAAUAUAGUGGUCAAUGCUGUAAAUUUGUCUCUCCAUGUUUAAUAUUUGUCCAAAACCUGUGCUGCCCCUUAAACUGUGGACAGUCAGGAGGCAAGGUUUUGUGAGUGUUUUGUUGAGCAGGAGAACAAAGUGCCCAACAAACCCUGAGACCCCCAUUGCUUGGAGUCCGGCAGUGAAGUGACUUGUCUUGCUGCUGUUGGGCAGCUGAUUCCUGGCAAU